CUUGGGGAUCGGGUUUUUGGUGUAGCAUUACAGGGAGAAAUUGCAUUCACCUCCCAACAGAACUGCUCUAGUGUCGUCGGCUCCCCUGUCUCCACGACGGUGUGUUAAAAAGUGCCUCGAUCAUUGCUAAUCUAAUCGCGCAUUUGAGCCAUGCCUGGUUAUGUUGAUAUAAAUAGAUUAGCAAGAGAUUAAUUGUGUGAAUAACCAGCAACGCUAUGAGACGAGCUGACGUUGCGCUGGUGGGAAAGGAACCCAUGCUGCGCAUUCAAUUUCCUCUAGAUCUGUGCAAAAUGUUAGGUUAGUGUGAAUGCUAGGGAACCGUUCUCCCUUGCAAGUUGCAACUGAGUCCAAAAGUCUUUCUCUAAUUUCUGAAUUGUCUGGCUUCACUGUUGAACAUUAGGAACCUGCCCCUAUUAUUGAAGUUAUCGAGUGUACUACAACUUCUGUAUUUUACUUGAUGACUGUUGACCUCAUGACAGGUUCCAAGUCAGGCACCCUUAUUUAAAAUGUGAGCUUAUGCAGUCCUGGAUGUGAGCUGUAUGUGCUUACUCGAUGUACUUGCUUUGCUAGACCAGGCAACAGCCAUUCUGAGCUCUGAGCUCUUCUGCACAAGAUUUUACGAGUCCCAGAAAACAAAUUCAAGAAAUACUAGCAUACGAGAGGAAUGGAAGCCACUGUGGUGAGUGUCGCGAAGUCCGUGCUGAAUGGAGCACUCGGAAGGGCCAGAUCUGCCGCUGCGGAUGAGGUUUCUCUGCGGGUUGGCGUCCAGCGCGAUCUGGCUUUCAUCAACGAUGAGUUUGAGAUGAUGCAGACCUUCCUGAUGGCUGCCGACGAAGACCGGGCCCAGAAGAAGUUGGUUAAAACCUGGGUGAAGCAGGUCCGCGAUCUAGGCUACGAUGCUGAGGAUUGCCUCCAAGAUUUCGGUAUUCAUCUGCAGAAAACUUCUCGGUGGUGCUUCCUCCGCACGCUGCUAGCACGGCGCCGCAUUUCCAAGGAUAUCAAGGUGCUCAAGUCCAGGGUGGAGGAUGUGAGCCAGAGAAACUUGCGGUACCGCCUCAUUGAGGAUUCUACCUCCAAGCCUGCCACCGACACCGAGCGAUCUACUAACAUCAGCAGGGAAGCAAUAUUUUGCAGUGAUGGUCCAAGGAUCACCGUAGUAAAGACGGACGAGCCAAAAGUGGAUCUUCGCCGACUGAUCACCAGCACAGAUGACCAAGCUCUUAGGGUGAUCUCGGUCUGGGGCGAAUCAGGCGAUGAUCUGAAGAAACUGUCUGUCAUCAGGGAAGUCUAUGACAAUCAAGAGAUCCGCACAAAGUUUGGAUGCCGUGCCUGGUUUAAGUUGAUGGAUCCCUUCAAUCCAAACGAUUUCCUCCAGUGCUUGCUCAGGCAGUUUUACUGGGCGUCUCUUCAAGAAAAUGGGAAGACCCAACAAGGGGCAGCUACAGGGGUUGGUGUUCUGAAGAAGAUGGAGAUGGUUGCAGCAGAUGGCCAUCUGAUUGACGAGUUUGAUCGAUAUGUGAAUGAGAAUAGGUACCUGAUUGUUAUUGAUGGCCUGUCUACCAUAGUGGAAUGGGAUUGGAUAAAGACAUGCUUCCCUGACAAGAAGAACGGAAGCCGAAUUAUAGUAUCCAUGGAGCAAGUAGAAAUUGCAAGGCUAUGUACAGGGCACUCGGCCCAAGUAGCCAAGCUGGAGUUAUUGUCAUCACGCCAGCCGCUGUAUCUCUUCUAUGACAAGCCCGAGUCUAGUUCAAACAAUGUCACCAGUGCCGAUAGCAUCCAGGUGGUAGUCACCGACCACAUAGUGGAGGAGGAUCAACCUGUAAGCAUGUGCGGGACCAGUUCGCAUGACCUCUUCCCUGAGAAGGACUCCAACACAGCUACUGGAAAGAGCCUUACUCGCAACUGGACAAUGAAGGCGGCUUUGGAGCAACCUCAACUAGUCGGGCGAGAGGGAGCAAUGUCUGAAGUCAUUAAACUAAUUCGUGAAGAGGGUGAUCAUUUACAUGUUAUCUCCGUGUGGGGAAUGGGUGGCAUGGGGAAAACCACCCUUGUUAGAAGUGUCUACGGAAGCGAAGAGCUUAGUGGCAUGUUUCAGAAGAGAGCUUGGGUUACCAUAUUGCAUCCUUUCAACCGUGAGCAGUUCUUUAGGAGCUUAGCCAUGCAAUUACACUCAGAUGAUACCGGAAAGGACGUUAGCUUGAUGGGAGAUGGCACUGAAAAAAGGUUGCAAGUGAUGGAAAUUGCGGAUUUGAUAAAAGAGACAUUCCGGCUUUUAGACAGGCUAACGUACCUCAUUGUUCUCGAUGACCUGUCGUCCAACACAGAAUGGGAUUCAAUAAUACCGCAUUUCCCUAAGGAUGAGAUGGCCAGUCGGAUCAUAAUCACCACAAGGGAAGCAAGUGUUGCUAGCCGUUGUUCCAAGAAAUACAAGCUGAGAUCUCUAGGGGAUGAUGCCGCACUAGACCUCUUCAAAAAGAAGGUGUUUAGUGGUACUGAAAUGGUUGAUUUAACCGGUACCAUGAGGGAUCAGGCAGAACUUAUUCUUAAAAAGUGUGAUGGGCUUCCCCUUGCCAUUGCCACUAUAGGUGGCUUUCUAGCAACCAAACCCAAAACAAGUUUGGAAUGGAGGAAACUGAAUGAUCAUAUCAGUGUGGAGUUGGAGAACAAUCCAGAACUUGAAAUGAUAAAGACAGUCCUUAUGUCAAGUUAUGAUGGUUUACCCUAUCAUCUCAAGUCUUGCCUUCUGUAUUUCUCAAUUUUUCCGGAAGACAAAAACGUUAGACAUGGACGGCUAAUAAGGCGGUGGAUUGCUGAGGGUUACUCAAAGGAAAUGAGAACCAAAACUGCCGAGGAAGUAGCCGAGGAAUACUUUACUGAUAUUAUUAACAGGAGCAUGGUGCAACAACUGAAAACUAGAGCUCCUUACACUGGGAAAAUUACUGAUUCCUGCCAAGUUCAUGAUCUAAUGCGUGAAAUAUGUAUCUCAAAGUCAGACGAGGAGAACCUUGUUUUUGUACUGGAUGAGCAUUGCACCUUGCAACCUACAGAUAAAAUACGGCACCUUGUUGUGCGCGGUAGUUGGAGCAGAGACCAAAAGAAGAAAGUGUUGGGAAGUGUAUUGGACGUGUCCCACAUUCGAUCCCUGACUGUAUUUGGAGAGUGGAAAUCUUUUUUCAUUUCUAAGAAAAUGAGAUUGCUUCGGGUGCUUGACUUAGAAGACACCGAAAAUCUGCGGGAUCACGACCUUGCGCCAAUUGGGAAGCUUCACCACCUGAAGUACCUAUCUUUAAGAGGUUGCUUAUAUAUAUACCAUCUCCCAGAUUCAUUUGGUAAUCUGUCAGAGCUGGAGACACUGGAUAUAAGAAGUACAUUUGUGGUCACAUUGCCAGCAAGCAUCACAAAGCUCUCAAAGUUAAAAUACUUCCGUGCCGGUCUCGUACCUACAGAUGAUGUGCUUCCCAGCAGUUAUGUCAGAGAAAUUGAUCAGCCCUUGAAGGAGUUUGGCUUAGCAGCUUACAAGAGCUACGUACAGAAAAAAUCCAUUCAUGACUUGGAUGCAGUACCAUAUCUCUUCUUUCAGGCCCGUAUCUGGUUGCGAGGGUGGGAUGAGCAUGGCAUGAAAGUGCCCAGAGGGAUUGGGAGAAUGAAGGCCCUGCACACACUGGGUGUUGUCAACAUUGCACGGGCGAGGGCCAUGCCAAAGGAGCUGAAGAAGCUUACUUGGUUGCGUAAGCUUGGAGUGACUGGCAUCAACAAGAAAAACUGCAAGGAGCUCUGCUCUGCUAUCGUCAAUCAUGGCCGCUUGCUGUCCUUGUCGAUGCGCACCGAGGGUGAGCCUGGCUUAGAAGGAUGUCUGGAUGACUUGUCCCCUCCUCCAGAUAGCCUCCAAAGCCUUAAGUUGUAUGGCUAUCUGGUCAAAUUGCCUACAUGGAUCGAACAGCUUCAGAUGCUAACCAAGUUAACUCUACGGAGUACCCAACUGGAGUAUCAUGCCAUAUUAGUACUUGCGAAGCUCCCAAAUCUUGCCAUUCUGCGUCUUUGUGAUGGUUCGUUUAGGUGGGCUGAACUCAACUUCCAUUUCUGCCCUGAGAGCUUUAAAAGUCUGACGGCAUUGGAGCUUGAAUUUCUACCUGGCCUCAACUCGGUUGAGUUUGAACAAAAUGCAAUGCCUAAUCUUGAGCUGAUACGGGUACUCCAUUGUUUUUAUGGAGGUGCCGAUGGGUUUUCCGGGAUACAAUUUCUGUCAGGUCUCAAGGAAGUUUCACUCAAGGGUCACAAGGGCGACUUCAAUGAAAAAUUCAAGAAAGACUUGCGGGAACAACUGUCCAAGAAUUCUAACAAGCCAAAUCUGAAGAUGGAGGACAUGGCGAAAUGGCUCUCGGCUGCACCUGCUCCCGCUCCUAUCUUGAACAGUAAAUUCGAAACAAACAAUUAGAAUUGUCAAAAAGAAUCCCCAAAACAUACAUAUUAAUGCUUGAAUCAUGUAUAUUUUCUGACUUUUCAUGGGAAAAAAAAUCAUUUUUUGCGCCAUCUGCACACAAAAAAGAAACAAUUCAGUGCGGACAA